GCGCUGUGGAGCAAAGAUUUUAUGAGCGGGUCCACGUUCAUGUGAAGGGCACACUGUGGCCAAGUGAACAGCAGAAGUGUGCGUAAACUACUUACGGUAGGACGUUUUGCCAAAGUAGGAUGGUUUGUCAGACCACCGGUGGAUGCUGGUUUUCUCGCUGAACUACAGAAAAAAAUGGCAAUGCUUUCAGGGUUUGUCUUUAUAUUGCUGGUCCAAACUGUAAACCUUCAACUUACACCUCGAGGACCCAGGCCAAUACCGGGGCGAGGUGACAGUCCAGAGCCAACAAUACCUCCACUCUUACCUGAGCCCACGCCAAGACCUGAAGGCUGUGAAGCAGGUAUAAUCGACUGUCCCAUCAGGGUGUACUUCACUAUUGACACCUCAGAAACCGUUGCAUUGCAGGAGCCCCCACCUGGCAGCCUGGUGGAGAGUAUCAGAGAAUUCACAAAGAUCUUUGCCGAGAGGCUGGCUGAUGAGGAGUACAGGGGCCAUAUCCAGAUCACUUGGUCCAUAGGUGGGCUGCACUUCUCCCAGACACAGGUGGUCUUCAGCCAGCUCACAACCAGAGCGAACUUCAUCAGGAAUCUCGCUUCGAUCCGAUACCUGGGCAAAGGCACCUACAUCGACUGUGCCCUCAAAAACAUGACUCACCACAUGACCCAACAUUACACAGAGACGAAGGCGGUUCUCUUCGCUGUGGUCAUCACUGAUGGCUACGUGACAGGAAAUCCAUGUUCAGGGAUCAAGGUGAUGGCAGAAAAGGCCCGGGAUCAAGGGAUCCAGAUUUUCUCAGUAGCAGCGUCCAAGGAGAUCGACGAAUUUGGAAUGAGGGAGAUAGCGAACUCUCCGUACGAGCUGUUCCGUGACGACUACAUAGCGGUGGAAAUCGUUGAUGGGAAACCAAGACUGAGCACUAAAACCAUUGAUCGUAUCGUAAAAGCAAUGAAAUACCAAGCAUAUUUACAGUGUUACAAACCAAGAUGUUUUGAGAGUCCUGGGCGCCCUGGACUAAGAGGUCCCUCAGGUCCAAAAGGCACAAAAGGAGACACAGGCCCUCCAGGGCCAAAGGGUGAAAGAGGAAGACAGGGUGAUCCUGGCAUUGAAGGUCCAAUUGGACGACCUGGUCCAAAGGGAGAGCCUGGUUUAAGGGGUGACAAGGGUGAAAUUGGAUUAACUGGAGCAAAGGGUGUUGCAGGUUCAACUGGCAAGAAUGGAACUGAUGGGCAAAAGGGGAAAAUUGGACGAAUUGGAACUCCCGGUUGUAAAGGCGAUCCAGGCGACAAGGGACCAGAUGGCUACCCAGGAGAUGUUGGGGAAACUGGACCAUUAGUGACAAAGGAGAAAAGGGUGACAUGGGCCUUCCUGGAAAGCCAGGCCCCCCCAGGCCCUAAGGGUAAUCCAGGUCCAAAGGGUGAAAGAGGAAGCCAAGGAAAUCCAGGACAGCCUGGACAAAGAGGGAGUCCGGGGAGAAAGGGUUCACCUGGGGCAAAAGGCGAACAGGGGAGGAGAGGAAACCCGGGAGUAAAAGGAGCACAAGGAAACACUGGGCCAAAAGGGACAAAGGGAGAACGAGGCCCGGAGGGAAGCAGAGGUCGGCCUGGGGAAAAUGGACUCAAGGGCGCAAAGGGCGAACUGGGACUACCGGGACCGAGGGGUCAGCCAGGAGAACCAGGCACCUCUGGACGAAAUGGCACGAUGGGAGAUCCUGGAGAUUCAGGACCAAGGGGAGACACUGGGCCACUUGGACCAAAGGGUGACAGAGGAAGGCAAGGUUUCAGCUAUCCUGGAUCAAGGGGACCGCCUGGAGACAGGGGUGCACCAGGUAGGAGAGGACCCACAGGGAGCAGAGGUGACUGUGGCGCCAAAGGAGAAUCCGGAAAUAAAGGGCCUUCAGGAGCGCCUGGUGAACCAGGCCAGUCAGGGCCGCCAGGAGAAAGAGGGCCUAGAGGGGAACGUGGACCUGAUGGGGAUUCAGGACCAGCAGGCGAUUCUGGGCUCACUGAAUGUGAUGUCAUGAACUACAUCAGAGAGACGUGUGGUUGCUGCGACUGCGAGAAGCACUGUGGAGCUAUGGACAUUGUGUUUGUAAUUGAUAGCUCAGAGAGUGUCGGGCUGACAAACUUUACCCUGGAGAAGAACUUUGUUAUCAACACCAUCAACAGGCUGGGAUCUAUGGCGCCCGAACCUACAUCAACAACUGGCACGAGAGUUGGAGUUGUACAAUACAGUCACAAUGGGACCUUUGAGAGCAUUCGUCUCGAUGACCCAAACAUAAACUCCAUGACUGCAUUCAAAACUGCAGUGAAGAAUCUGAGGUGGAUUGCUGGGGGCACCUUCACCCCCUCUGCUCUGAAGUACGCCUAUGAUAACCUCAUCAGGGACAGCAAGAGAGCCCGAUCCAAAGUGUCCGUCGUCGUGGUCACAGACGGCCGCUUUGACCCUCGAGACGACGACAAUCAGCUCACAUACCUCUGCAACGACCCUGCUGUGGUGGUGAAUGCCAUCGGGAUAGGGGACAUGUUUGACACCAGACACGACAGCGAGACUCUGGUGUCAAUCGCGUGCAACAAGAAGGACCGGGCUACUGAGAUGAGGCGCUACAGCGACUUGGUGGCUGAUGAAUUCUUAGAAAAGAUGGAAACUGUCCUCUGUCCUGAUCCAGUUAUUAAGUGCCCUGAUCUCCCCUGUACAAGUGAACUUGACUUAGCUCCUUGUGUUGAGCGGCCUGUGGAUUUGGUAUUUCUAUUGGAUGGUUCAGAGCGUCUCGGGGAGAGAAACUUCCUCCUUGUUCGUGAAUUUGUUCAGAAGGUUGCAGACAGGCUGGGACUGGCCAGGACCAGGACCGAUCGAAAGCGAGCCCGUCUGGCACUGAUGGAGUUUGGCAAGGAGUCAGACAAUCGGGUGGCCUUCCCUCUAACACAUGACCUUGCCCAGAUUGUUAACAGCUUAACAGCUUUACAGUAUCUAGAUUCUUCUUCAAGCGUGGCGCCCGGCAUCAUACACGCCAUCAACAACAUCCUGGUUAGAGGAGGCGCCCGGCAAACGAGGCCCAAUGCAGAGAUUUCAUUCGUUUUCAUUACAGAUGGCGUCACUAACAGCGACAACCUGGACGAGGCGAUCAGUGCCAUGCGUCGUCACGAGGUGGUCUCCACGGUGAUUGCCACAGGAAGUGAUGUUGAUCAAGAAGUCCUAACAAAGCUGGCUAUGGGGGACCAGCACGCCAUCUUCAAAGCAGAAAAAUUCUCAGAUUUUUUAAGGUCCAGUAUGUUUGAUCGUUUCAUCCGGUGGGUGUGUUAGAGAGAGAAUGCUCCUGUGAGCCAAUACUGGUGCUACAGCUGUUCAUCCAGCGUUUUCAAGGAUAAUUACAAUUUAUUUCAACCUGAUAGUAUUUUACAUUAAUGUGGCUGUUGUGGCUCUAUUGAGGAAAGCAUCCUACAGUGAAACAAGACUGUGCUCUCUGCAGCUUUAUACUGGGUCAUAGUGCAGUCCUUUAUUUUACCCUCUGAGGAUAUCUCAGAUAUCUCUGAGGAUAUUCCCCAUCUUUGACACCAUGCAGAGCCAAGAGCCAAGUUCAUCCUCCACUUCGUUUAACACCUCACAUCUGUACUAAAGUUUAAAUAAAAACAAACCUGUGACAUGAUUUUGUUUUAACAGUUUGUAGAAAAUCAUCCCAACACUUUCAUUUUUGGAUGCAGAUGCAAUUAGCAACACGUCCACUCCAGGCAGCUAAAUUCUAAGCUUAGGUCAGAUGUUAAAGCAAAAGUUAAAAGACUACAUUUUCUGGAUAACCUCAGGAGCUUGCGCUUGUUUCCUCGAUAAAUUGGUUUUAUGUGACAGCUUGUAGAGCUGCAAUGGCCAAAUUGAUGGGGGAAAUACACAAGGUUGAAAUAAACUAGAUUUCUUCUUUAACCCAUAGACAGUAUAUAAAAGACAAACACAGGCACCCACUGUGUUUGAAAAGUGAAGCCAUGUGCCAUACAACUGAGGGUCUCUAGGUGCUGCCCGUGAACGUCGUUCUGUCAGUGAUUAAAGUAAUUCAUUGGCAGCUGCAGCUCAAGCAGAAUUUAUGGUCCUGCAGUGGUGAUGCGUUCAUUGUCCGGUGGCAAUCCAAGGAUGGCCCGUCUGCCUGUUGCCAGAUGGAGGCAAUGUGAAAAUAUGUGGUACAGCAGUCUGUGGGUCACUCUAGCUUGUGCUGCUGUUGGUACAUCAGCCAGCAGUGGAGAAAAGCGAAUUUAUAACAUACAAAGAGCUGAAGUGAAAAUGAGUGUUAAAAACAAUGAAAACUGUCCAAUGUCUGUGCUUUUCAUGUUGUAUCCUUUUCAUCUUUGAAGUUUUUUUAAUGGUUUUCCUGAACUCGCUGAACUCCGCUAGCAGUCCCUGCUCUAUUCUGGCCCACUUGUCUAUGAAUCAACAUUCGGCAGACGCUUGCAUCAUCUGCUUCUAGACACAUGCAGUCAGAAUGUUGGGAGGACUGCACUGGAGUGCGUCUGGGGUGGGUGAAAAAGAAACGUGUACACAGACGGACACAUUUACAGGACCAUAAAUUACACUUCAGGGUGUACAGGAGACACAAAAA